GAGAUUGGAUUAACUCAGACACCCAAAUCAUGCCUCAAGCAACCGAAGAAGUAUCUGGACCGAGUGAAGGUGUCGUAGCGCCAGCUUUAUCCACUUAUCAGGAUGAAGAUACUUUUCAAUUUGACAAAGUGUUAGACCUGGAGAAAAAUAGAAGCCACCUCGGGUUGCAAGAAAGUGAAGACUACAUAACUAGAAUUAAUGAAUACUAUUCAAUAGACGAGAUUGUCAAGUUUCUCAAAGGGGAAAAUGAGGAUAAUAAUGAUUUUAAAAGAAUAACAUUGCAAUUCCCAGACUCGCUAGUAUGCGACUCAGCUAGUAUUGUUCAUGAAUUGCAGAAAAAGUUGGGGUUAUCAUACGAAGGAUUUGUUUCAAAUGAUGAAGGAACAAAAAAUGAUGCCUGCAAUGAUUCUAAUGGUUGUUGUAGCUCAGGCGGAGGAGCCUGUGCCAACAAGAGUGAAACAUCACAUCCAGAGCCACAAACAAGGAAGAUUUGGAUAUUAGCUGACACCUCAUACUCUGCUUGUUGUAUUGAUGAAGUUGCAGCUGAACAUGUCCAAAGUGACUUGGUAGUUCAUUUUGGUGAUGCAUGUCUCAACCCUGUUGACAAGUUGCCAGCUAUUUAUGUGUUUGGAUCACCUAGAGUCGAUCUUCACGAAUUGGUUGAAAAAUUCCAAGAAAGAUACCCCCUUGAAUCUGAAAGCCAGCUGAGUAUAUUAUUAAUGGCUGAUGCACCACACACAACAAUCCUUAAGCCAUUAUAUAAAAUGUUAAAACCCCAGUAUCCCAACUUGGCUUAUGCGGAUGUAUACAUCGACCCGUCUUCCAAGGCUUCAAUCAUAGGGUAUGAGCCAGAAGUUCUCGAGAAAGACGCCGUUCAUGUUUUGAAUAGAACCCUUCUACACUUAGAAGAUGAGCUCAUUGAUGAGGAAGAUAUAGAUGCCACUCUUUCCCAAUAUGACUUAUUCCAUAUAACCAUACCUGAAACACCCAGAUUAUUGCAAUUAACCACUAGAUUCCAAUCAGUAAGCACAUACGAUCCUCUGAAGCAUACUAUUUCACAAGGCCCUUAUCCAAACUUGAUGCGUAGAUACAGAUAUAUGCACAUGGCAAGAUCUGCGGGUACUGUUGGGCUAUUGGUGAAUACUUUAUCUUUGGCCAAUACCAAGAAACUUAUCAAUACCAUGGCGAAGAAGCUCAAGGAGGCUGGAAAAAAACACUACAUAUUCGUUGUCGGUAAACCCAAUGUUGCUAAGUUGGCCAAUUUUGAAAAUGUUGAUAUUUGGUGUAUCUUAGGCUGUGAUCAUCAAGGGAUAAUUAUUGAUCAGAACAAUGAAUACUUCAAGCCAAUUGUGACCCCAUACGAACUUAUGCUAGCAUUGAAUUACGAACUUUCUUGGACAGGCAAGUGGGUGACCGACUUUAGAAAUAUCUUACAAGAAAUGAAUGAAGAGGAAGAAACUGAACACGAAAAUGAAAAUGAAAACCAGGUUCAAAACGAUAAGGGAACAUCAACCGAUGAUUACGAAGAUGAGGCACCAGAAUUCAAUCCUGUCACUGGUCAAUUCGUGAGCAACGCUAGACCAUUGAGACGCUUACAACAUUUGCAAAUAACGUCACAAGAAGAUAACCAGACUGAAAAUAACGAUGACAAAGACAGCGACAAGAGCUUGGUGAAGAAAUUCUCCAGUGCAGUGGCAAUAAAGAAUACUGUUUCUACCUCUGCUAUGCAUUUACAAAAUAGACACUGGACAGGUCUCGGAAGUGAUUGGCAAAAUGGUGAUAGUGAUGAAGACGCGUCAGAAGAAGGUGCAAGAGUAGAGGAAGGUAGAGGGGGUGUGGCCAGAGGCUAUGAUUUUGACAGAGAGACUCACAAAUGAUCGGAUUAUAUAGACUUGUAUUUAUUUCUGUAAAUAUAUUAAACUGAAUCGUAAAAGUUGCAACCGAACUGGAA